CUUAAUGCAAUUCCUAUCGUGAUUUCCUUGUUAGUUAUGGACGCGAUGAUUUGAGCUUUAGCUUAUGUCCAUAACAACAACUACACAAUUUAAAUAAUAAACGCUGUACAAUCGUUGUAAGUAGUACAUUAGUUCAUAGUCUUUUUAAGCAUGACGGCAAUUAACGAAAGUUCCCUACGGAAAAUUCUGUUUAAGAUUUAUAAGUACAGGGAUCUGACAACACGCGACAUAACAAACGUGACGUCGCACUAUAAAGAUCUUAAACCUGUGGUGGACAACUACGUGUUCAAUGAUGGCUCCACUAAAGAGCUGUUGAGUCUCACAGGAACGGUGCCAGUAAACUACCGAGGAAAUGUGUACAACAUUCCCAUCUGCCUGUGGUUUCUGGACACAUAUCCCUACAACCCUCCCAUCUGUUUUGUCAAACCCACAAGUGCCAUGAUGAUAAAAACAGGGAAACACGUUGAUGCCAAUGGAAAGAUUUACCUCCCAUACCUGCAUGAAUGGAAACCUCCCCAGUCUGAAUUGUUAGGACUGAUCCAGGUGAUGGUCGUAGUGUUUGGAGAAGAACCACCUGUUUUCUCACGGCCCACCACUCAGGCAACUUACCCAGCAUUUCCAGCAGCGGGCCCACCUAACACUUCUUACAUGCCAAGCACACCAGGGUUGCCUUAUGGUCAAGGUCACUCUGCCAAUCCAGGUGGAUUUCAGGGCUACCCUUAUCCUGCAGUAGGCUCUGGAUACCCCACUACCUCAGGCUCCUCUCUCUACACGCCAGUGUCUUCUGUCACUACAGUGGGACCCACCCGUGAUGGUACCAUUGGUGAGGACACAAUCCGUGCGUCUUUGGUGUCUGCAGUCAGUGACAAGUUGCGCAGGCGGAUGAAAGAAGAGAUGGAUCGAGCACAGGCAGAGCUGGAUGCACUGAAAAGGACAGAGGAGGACCUAAAGAGAGGCCACCAGAAGCUGGAGGAGAUGGUGACCAGACUAGACCUGGAGAUGGCUGAUGUGGACAAAAACACUGAUCUCCUUAAGCAGAAAGAUGAUGAGCUGACUGCUGCUCUGAAAAAAAUGGAAAACCAGUCUGAGAACAAUGAUAUUGAUGAUGUGAUUUUGCCCACCGCUCCUCUGUAUAAGCAGAUUCUGAACCUCUACGCUGAAGAAAACGCCAUAGAAGACACAAUCUUCUACUUGGGUGAAGCACUGCGCAGAGAUGUCAUUGACUUGGAUGUCUUUCUUAAGCAUGUGCGCCUACUCUCCAGAAAACAGUUCCAACUGAGAGCCCUGAUGCAGAAGGCCCGGAAAAUGGCAGGCCUCAGUGACCUGUACUGACCUGCCCAAAUAAAUCAUUCCCCCUCUCAGCUGUACACAUGCACUAUAUAGCAAGGACCCUACAUUUUAUCCAAGAACAGGAGGUUCAGGACCCUCCUUUUUAUAACAGUCUUUCUAAGUACUGUCCAGAAAGAUGUGAAAGGUAACAAAUAUACCCAGGACCAAAAUAUUCAAGUUUACAUUGAUAUCAUCAUUAUUAAAAACAACAAGUGCUUUGAAUAUAUCUCUAUUAUGUAAAAAAAUGAAGUGAGCUUUGAGGUUCUUCCUUUCACAGAAAGGAGAACAAUGGAAGGAAAUCAAACUUUUGUAAGAGAUAUUUUUGCUUAGGUAUGGAGUUUAGCAUAGCCUUGUUGCACUUUUUGUAACUUGUACCUCAUAUAUUCUUCUAAAGUGUCUUUUCAGAAAUAGGGUAAAAGGAAAGAAGUUUGAGAAUUGCAUUCAAUAUGCUCUACCUGAAUGUCUUAUUUUUAUGUCAUUUAUUCUCCUAAUUUGUACCUGUUUUGAAUAAUUCUCUUAAAAUCAGCACUUUGUUUUAUUUUUAGUAAAUCGAUCUUCUUAACAUCUCAGAAUCUAAUUAUAUCAUUAUGCUUUAUCAUUAUCAUUGUCCACUACCUAACACACCUUUGCAGUCCUGCUUGUGAUUUAUACAUGUUGUCAAUCAUAACAUUCUUAUUUACAGUUCUUAUGCAGUCAGUUUACAAGAAUGUGCUUGGUAUUCUUGCAGAUUUAAUGACUGAUUGAAUUUGUAUAUCUAUUUGAGAUGUGAUGCAUAAGCCCACAAAGUAUGAAGGGAACAUUUUCAUUUUUCUUAGUUUAUUGCUAGAUUGCUGGUUUAAUCAUGGAUGAAUUGUUUUUCUUAUAAUCAAGGGAAACAAGGGAAUAACAAAAUGAUUGUGCAUCUCUUGGAAGUAUAAGGGUAUUUAAAAAUAAAAAUCUGUAAUAAAAGCAACAAAAACUCUUAAA